AUGUUGGCAAAUGAAAUCAAGCAUGAACUGGAAAAGCAGAAGGAUGGCACUGUUGUUCCUCCCAGAGCUAACUACAUUGAGGCUGACAAGUACGUCCUGCCUUUCGAGCUGGCAUGUCAGUCCAAGUCUCCUCGUAUUGUCAGUACGUCUCUCGACUGCUUACAGAAACUCAUUGCAUAUGGGCACAUCACAGGGAACGCCCCUGACAGCGGAGCUCCAGGAAAACGGCUGAUUGACCGGCUGGUGGAGACCAUCUGUAACUGCUUUCAGGGACCCCAGACUGAUGAGGGGGUACAGCUACAGAUCAUUAAGGCUCUGCUGACUGCUGUGACAUCACCACACAUAGAGAUCCACGAGGGAACGAUUCUCCUCACUGUCCGCACCUGCUACAACAUCUACCUGGCCAGCCGCAACCUGAUCAACCAGACCACAGCCAAGGCCACUCUCACACAGAUGCUCAAUGUCAUCUUCACCCGUAUGGAGAACCAGGCGGCUCUGGAAGCUCAGGAAGCAGAGAAGGACAGACAACGUCUGCAGCUUCACAAUCCUUCUCCAGUAUCCAGUAACCCUUCUCCUGUAGCCCAAAAUCCUUCCCCAACUCCUGGUCGGGGGUCCGGAUCACCAUGGCUCGGACAAGCCCGCUCCGAACAGAACGGACCCCCAUCCCCCUCACUCAGCCCCCCUGGGGUCCCCUCCACUCCUUCCACCCCCCAAGACUCAUCCUCCAUCAAUGGCCAGCCAGAAGAGUCCAAGUCAGAGGAGGAGUUUGCUACUGAUAAACAGAGCUCAAAGGAAAUUGAACAGCCAGAAGAAGAGAUUCAGGAGUCAGACCAGACGACUUCAUCAGUGGCAGGAGGUGUUGAGGGAGAGGAGGUCCAUCCACAGCCUGAGACAGAAGCAGGCACUGAGUUUCAGGAAGAGACUGAGCCGGACAGUGGAUUGGGAGAUAGCUCUAUGGAAGGAGGCUUAGAUCAACAUUCUGACUCCGAAACCAAAGUGCCGCCCCCUGUUGUUCGAGUCGACACACAGCAGAUGAACGGAAUGGUGGAUGACCGUGGCUCAGAGUCCUCCAUAGACAUUCUGGAUGCAGAAACCAUUCAGGGCAGUCAGACAGCUGCCCGCUUUUCGCACAUCCUACAGAAAGACGCCUUCCUUGUAUUCCGCUCCCUCUGCAAGCUUUCCAUGAAGCCCCUUGCUGAUGGACCACCCGACCCAAAGUCCCAUGAGUUGCGCUCUAAGGUGGUUUCCCUGCAGCUGUUGCUGUCAGUGCUGCAGGGUGCUGGACCUGUGUUCCGAACCCAUGAGAUGUUUGUGAACGCCAUCAAACAGUACCUGUGUGUGGCGCUCUCCAAAAACGGGGUCUCCUCUGUGCCUGAAGUAUUUGAGCUGUCUCUUGCCAUCUUCCUUACCCUGCUCUCCCACUUCAAAGUGCACCUUAAGAUGCAGAUUGAGGUGUUCUUCAGGGAGAUCUUUCUAACAAUCCUGGAGACGACAUCCAGCUCCUUUGAGCAUAAGUGGAUGGUCAUUCAGACUCUAACGCGAAUAUGUGCGGAUGCACAAUGUGUGGUGGACAUUUAUGUGAACUAUGACUGUGAUCUCAACGCUGCCAACAUUUUUGAGCGGCUGGUAAAUGACCUGUCUAAAAUCGCCCAGGGAAGGAGUGGACAGGAGCUGGGCAUGACUCCAUUACAGGUGGCUAUCUCUAGACUGUGUUGCGUUGUAGGUCAGGAACGUCCAGCAGAGGGCGACAGUGCGGAUGGGAAGCUCCAGGAGCAUCUUUGCUCUCGCAGAGAUAGUGUGAGCUCUAUGGACUCCACUGUGUCCUCUGGAGUUCAGCAGUCUCAGCCAGAUCACCCCGAGCAGUAUGAGGUCAUCAAGCAGCAGAAAGAGAUCAUCGAGCAUGGCAUUGAGCUAUUUAACAAGAAACCAAAAAGGGGGUUGCAAUACCUGCAGGAGCAAGGCAUGCUGGGCACCUCACCAGAGGACAUUGCACAGUUCCUGCAACAGGAGGAGCGACUGGACACGACUCAAGUUGGUGAGUUCCUGGGAGAGAAUGUGAAGUUUAAUAAAGAGGUGAUGUACUGCUACGUGGACCGGCUGGACUUUUGUGGCAAAGACUUUGUGUCAGCUCUCCGUGCCUUCCUGGAAGGCUUCAGGCUUCCGGGUGAAGCCCAGAAAAUCGAUAGGCUCAUGGAGAAGUUUGCCGCCCGCUACCUGGAGUGCAAUCAGGGGCAGACUCUGUUUGCCAGCGCAGACACGGCUUACGUUCUGGCCUACUCCAUCAUCAUGUUAACCACCGACCUGCACAGUCCACAGGUGAAGAACAAGAUGACAAAGGAGCAGUACAUAAAAAUGAACCGUGGUAUUAAUGACAGUAAAGACCUGCCCAAGGAGUAUCUCUCCUCCAUCUACGAUGAAAUUGCAGGCAAGAAGAUUGCCAUGAAAGAGAGCAAAGAAUACUCCAUCACUCCCAAAUCUAGUAAACAGAAUGUAGCCAAUGAGAAGCAAAGAAGGCUGCUGUAUAACAUGGAGAUGGAGCAGAUGGCCAAAACGGCUAAAGCUCUGAUGGAGGCUGUAAGUCACGCUCAGGCUCCCUUCUUCAGUGCCACUCACCUAGAGCACGUCCGGCCAAUGUUCAAGCUGGCCUGGACUCCUCUGUUGGCGGCAUUCAGUGUAGGACUCCAGGAUUGUGACGAUCAGGAUGUGGCAUCUCUUUGUCUGGAGGGGAUCCGAUGUGCUAUCAGGAUCGCCUGCAUCUUCAACAUGCAGUUGGAGAGAGAUGCCUACAUCCAGGCCUUGGCCCGGUUUACGCUGCUUACCGCCAGCUCAAGUAUCACAGAGAUGAAGCAGAAGAACAUUGACACCAUAAAGACUCUCAUCAUGGUCGCCCACACCGAUGGAAACUACUUGGGCAACUCCUGGCAUGAGAUUCUGAGGUGUAUCAGUCAGCUGGAGUUGGCCCAGUUGAUUGGGACAGGGGUGAAGACGCGUUAUAUCUCCGGUGUGGUCCGGGACCAGGGAGGCAGCAUAAAGGGCUUCCCAUCAGGGGGAGAGGAAUUCAUGCCCCUCGGCUUAGGUACUCUGGUUGGAGGUCCAGACAAGCGUCAGAUGGCUCAUAUCCAGGAGUCAGUGGGGGAGACCAGCUCUCAGAGUGUUGUGGUGGCUGUGGACAGAAUCUUCACUGGAUCCACCAGGCUUGAUGGAAAUGCAAUUGUGGACUUUGUGCGUUGGCUCUGUGCGGUGUCCAUGGACGAGCUGGCCUCUGCUCACCAGCCGCGCAUGUUCAGUCUGCAGAAGAUAGUGGAGAUCUCCUACUACAACAUGAACCGCAUCCGUUUGCAGUGGUCACGCAUUUGGCAGGUCAUUGGAGAUCACUUCAACAAGGUGGGUUGUAAUCCUAAUGAGGAUGUGGCCAUCUUUGCUGUGGACUCCCUGAGACAACUUUCUAUGAAGUUUCUGGAGAAAGGAGAACUGGCCAAUUUCCGCUUCCAGAAGGACUUUUUAAGGCCAUUUGAACAUAUCAUGAAGAAGAACAGGUCGCCCACUAUCCGGGACAUGGUGAUACGUUGUGUGGCCCAGAUGGUGAACUCCCAGGCUGCUAAUAUUCGCUCUGGCUGGAAGAACAUCUUCUCUGUGUUCCAUCAAGCAGCAUCAGAUCAUGAUGAGAACAUUGUGGACCUCGCGUUUCAAACCACAGGACACAUUGUUAUGAAUACAUUUCAGCAGCACUUUGCCGCAGCCAUCGACUCUUUCCAAGAUGCAGUCAAAUGUUUGUCAGAGUUUGUAUGUAAUGCUGCAUUUCCUGACACCAGUAUGGAAGCCAUACGGCUCAUCCGCCACUGUGCGAAAUAUGUGUCUGACAGGCCGCAAGCACUGAGGGAAUACACUAGUGAUGACAUGAAUGUGGCCCCUGGCGACCGCGUUUGGGUGCGAGGCUGGUUCCCCAUCCUGUUUGAGCUUUCCUGCAUCAUCAACCGCUGCAAACUAGACGUCAGGACCAGGGGUCUGACUGUCAUGUUCGAGAUCAUGAAGAGUUACGGACACACCUUUGAGAAGCACUGGUGGCAUGACCUCUUUCGGAUCAUCUUCCGAAUAUUUGACAACAUGAAGCUCCCAGAGCAGCAAACUGAAAAAACAGAAUGGAUGACAACAACAUGUAACCAUGCCCUCUACGCUAUCUGCGAUGUGUUCACACAAUUCUAUGAGCCUCUCAGCGAGGUGCUGCUGGCGGAUAUUUUUGCACAGCUGCAGUGGUGUGUGAAACAAGAUAAUGAGCAGCUGGCGCGGUCAGGCACAAACUGUCUGGAGAACCUGGUGAUCCUGAACGGGGAGAAGUUCAGUUCAGAGGUGUGGGACGUCACCUGCGCCUGCAUGCUGGAUAUCUUCCAGACCACCAGCCCUCAUGCCUUGCUGACAUGGCGACCAGCUGGACAGGAAGAGGAGGUGGGAGAAGGGAAACACAUGGAUGUUGAGGUUGAUUCUCAGUCGCAGAGCAGCUUUGAGAGGACUCUUUCAGAGAGAGGACACAGUCAGAUGUCCACCGCCAGUGAUGAAACCUGGAAAGAAAAAUCCCAAACCAGGGUCUCGGACCACAGGCUGUUUGCAGGGCUUCUUAUAAAGUGUGUCGUACAGCUGGAGUUGAUUCAGACCAUAGACAACAUUGCAUUCUACCCGGCUACCAGCAAGAGGGAGGAUGCUGAGAACAUGGCCGCUGCUCAGCGAGAUGCACUUGAGCAAGCAGAAGAGGGAGAGACAGAGGCCGAUCAGGGCAUGUACAGACACCUGUCAUCACAGCACCUCUUCAAACUGCUUGACUGCCUCCUUGAGUCCCACAGGUUUGCCAAGGACUUCAACUCCAACAAUGAGCAGAGGACAUCACUCUGGAGAGCAGGCUUUAAGGGGAAGUCAAAACCGAAUCUUCUGAAGCAGGAGACUAGCAGCCUGGCAUGCAGUCUGAGGAUCCUCUUUCGCAUGUACUCAGACACACAGCUGCAAGACUCCUGGCUAGACAUCCAGACACGCCUGCUGCAAGUGUGUAGUGAAGCCCUGGCUUACUUCAUCAGUCUUACCUCAGAGAGCCACCGGGAAGCCUGGACGAGCCUCCUGCUGCUGCUCCUCACCCGGACACUCAGACUGCCUGAUGACAAAUUCAAGCCUCAUGCCUCCUGCUACUACCACCAUCUGUGUGAGAUGAUGCAGUUUGACCUCAUUCCAGAGCUUCGUGCUGCUUUGCGGCGAUUUUUCCUUCGCAUCGGCUCCGUCUUCCACAUCGCCGCUCCUGAAUUGGGCAAAGCUCAGCGUUCAUCAUCAUAAUGUGGAUCAGAACUGGGAACACAGAUCAGAGAUGAACUGGGAAGAAAGCGGGGCUGUAAAGUGGAUGGAUGGUCUGCGUGUAUAAGCCUCUGCUGUGAUUUGAAGGACUGUACAGGAACGCAGAAUGAUUGCGUGUGACUGUCCCAUACUUUCCUCUGUCAGUCGCUCCCCUAUGAGAGAACAGCACUGUGACCCAGCAGGGUGACUCUUCUGCUGUGUCAUCUGUCUGUGUUGUUAAGAGUCAAGAGUCAUAUUUGUUUAUUUUUAUUUGGACUUUCUUCUGGAUGGCUACAAAAAUAAUUUAUUACCAGUACUGCUGUAUGUCUGGUUUCUGAUCGUCUGUUGAUUUAAUUGUUUUGGCUUUUGUCCUAUCUGUACAUUUUUGUCUGUUUUAAAGGCUAAAGAAAGAUAGACCUACAGAAAUGAGAUCAUCCCGUUAUUAAGAGCAUGUAAAUGACACCCAAUGUGCAAUGAGCUUGUGCCAUUGAAUAAUGGCAUAUUUGUUAACGAUUUGUUAAGGUCCAAAAAUGCCCAUUAUCAAUGUCCUUUAUUGAUUCAUCAUACAAUUAAACAAUUAUCUCUGAUUUAAAUUCACUCAAGCAACCUACAGAGGUGUUUGCAUUUAAAAUGCUUAUAGUUUGGGGUAAAAGACUUUAAUUUGGUUUCGGUGUGUUCACACUAAACCGCAAAUUGCCCUAAGAAUGUAACGGUUGCUUUCAAAGCAUUUGGUGUUUAUUUUACAUGUCGAUGCUUACGCUUGCUAAUCCAGACCAGACAGACACUACCAUUUCUUCUAUGCCACACAUCAUGCUCAUUUGGUUUCCAUCAUAUUCAGAUUUAUUGCCUUUUUUUUUUUUUUAAGGGUUUAUUCAUUCAUUCUUUUCUUUUUUUUUUGGUUCAUAUGUAUCAUUGAAAUCUUAAGACACCUAAUGAAUAUUUAAUUUUAGUGCACUAAAGUUUGCUUAAUAGAUUUUUUUUUAAAACAAUUCAUUUUUCAAGUGUUGUUCACUCUUGAUUUGGAGUCAGACUGAAUCAGUUUACGGGAUGGAUGCCAGUCACUGAUGAUGACUGGCAUCAGUGUUCAUUACCAUAAAACUAGUGAAGUGGGAGAAAUACAGGAAUACAAAUGUACUGUAUAAUCCAGGUAUAUCUUCAUUAAACCCCAGCAACAUAUGACUUAUUAGUGUAUUACCAGUGUAGAUUCAACUCCCGAUUCAUUUUCAUUAAGGAUGCAUUUCAUUCUUGAAGUGCAUUUAAAUAUUUUCUGAAAAGCAUUCCUUCCCUUGCAACUAUGGAUGUCUACUUUGCUUCCCUUGAGACUGGGAAAUAUAAAUAUAUAUAGUAUAUGAAGAAAUACAAUGUGUAAAGUUUUCAUGUAAAAUAUACAGAAUAAUGUUAAACUGUAUACAUAUUGUGAUGUAAUCUUACAAGCAUUUGGUGAAGUAAUCAAUAAAGUUUGAAAUUCUGAACCAUU